ACUAAAAACAUGAUGUGGUACGGAGUAUUGGGGACCAAGGAGCUGCUACACAGAACAUAUAAAAACCUGGAGCAGAAGGUCUUGCUGGAGUGUGAUGGGAGGCCAAUCCCUUUGCCCAGUCUCCAGGGAAUUGCUGUACUCAACAUUCCCAGCUAUGCAGGAGGCACCAACUUCUGGGGAGGAACCAAGGAAGAUGAUACAUUUACAGCCCCCUCCUUCGAUGACAAGAUUUUGGAGGUGGUAGCAGUGUUUGGUAGCAUGCAGAUGGCAGUGUCACGAGUGAUAAACCUACAGCAUCACCGGAUCGCACAGUGUCGGACAGUGAAGAUAGCAAUCCUGGGAGAAGAGGGAGUUCCUGUGCAAGUGGAUGGAGAAGCUUGGAUCCAGCCUCCAGGUUACAUUUGGAUUGUUCAUAAGAACAGAGCACAGACCCUCACCCGAGACAGGGCAUUUGAGAGCACCUUGAAGUCCUGGGAGGACAAACAGAAGUGUGAGUUGUCCCGACCCUCCUCUUUCUCUCUGCAACCAGAGAUCAUGUCUGAAGAAGAAUCCACCCAAAUCAACCAGUUUGGUCAAGCUGCAGGUGCUCUGAUCCACAGCAUUCGGGAGAUAGCCCAAUCCUAUCAGGACAUGGAACAGGAGCUUGCCCAUGCUGUCAAUGCCAGCUCCAAGUCUAUGGACAAAGUCUACGCUAAAUCCAAGUCUACAGAGGGUCUGAACUGCAGCCUUGUUGUAGAGAUGGUGAAUAAUGUCAAAGCCCUGCAUAAUGAGACAGAGCUGCUGCUGGCGGGCAAGAUGGCACUGCAAUUAGAUCCUCCACAGAAGGAACAGCUUCAAGCAGCCCUGGCAGACAUGGAUCUCCAGCUGAGGAAACUGGCAGACAUCCCUUGGCUGUGGCAGCUUAUGGAGCCCUGUGAUGAGGAGAACCAGAUGCUGGAUUAUUCUAAACGCAGUCGCAGUGGCAAAUUCCGACUGGUGACCAAGUUUAAAAAGGAAAAGAACAACAAAAAUAAGGAGACUCAUAGUAGCAUGGGAUUGCCGGUUCACCUCUGGGGAACGGAGGAGGUUGCGGCCUGGCUUGAGCAUCUCAGUCUUUGUGAGUAUAAGGAUAUCUUCAUCCGGCAUGACGUCCGGGGCUCUGAGCUCCUGCACCUCGAACGGAGGGACCUCAAGGACCUGGGUGUGACCAAAGUGGGUCAUAUGAAGAGAAUACUGCACGGGAUCAAGGAGCUGAGCCGGAGUACUCCUGCCAGCGAGGUUUAGCCUCUGUUUUCACAGCCUGUGUCUACCAUUCCCCCUAACUACACAGCAGUCACCUCACUGAGCAGAUGUGCUCACAACUGUCGCUACUGAACAGCCAAACUGUAGCUGUUCAGAGCUCAUAUCAACCAAGCAUGGUGCUACCUUUUUCCUGUGGGGUACGGCUGCAUCCAGUCGAGAGGCAUCUUAUUUGCGGUCAGGCAGAGCCUCCUGGAAGAGAACUCACUUGCUAUUUGAAGAACCAUGUCCUCCAGUGUGGGAAGUUCUGGUUCCAGUGACAGUGCAGGACUCCUGAGAAUUGCAACACAGCUACCUUUACUGGAUAACUUCAUCACAGUAGAAUUAUUCAGGGCAAAAGAUAUAUUGGCCAGUCAUAGUUCAGGAGCAUCUGACAGUCUUUUCAGACCCAAAACUUUCCUGCUUAUCAGUGUGUCA